UGUCAGCUUGACAGUUGUCAUACGCAGAGCUUUCCGAAAAGAGAUCAAUCUGUUUUUCUUUUGAUAAAUAGUUCCUUUUUCGAAAACAUAAAAAUAAUGGUGGGCGCUAUGCCUGUAAAUUUAAUACCAAAAUUUUGUAACGGCGCGAUGGAUAGUCGUAACGGUUCCGAUGAGAACGAAAUUCAAGUGACCAUUGGUAGUAGGGUAAAAAGUAAUGACGAUUUUGGUACUGUGAAAUAUAUUGGUGAAGUUCAGGGAUAUAAGGGGAUUUGGUACGGAGUCGAGUGGGAUAAUGUUGAGCGCGGAAAACAUGAUGGAUGUGUUGAUGGGAUCCAGUACUUUAAAGCGACGACGCCUGGAGCAGGCUCUUUCGUGCGCCCGAACAAAAUUUCUCCCAUGAAAACUUGUGCAGAGGCUAUACAGAAUUAUUACGGAGAUCGCGAGGAUGAAACAGUAGCUGCUCACCGCAGGACUGUCAUCAAUGAAUGGAAGCGAGAAAUGGGCGCUCCGUUUAUCGAAAUGGUUGGCUUUGAGAAGAUUCAUCAGAAACAAAAAUUCGACCGCCUCCUCGAAGUGUGCGUCCACGAUCAAGCCAUAGCGAAAGCGGGCGACGUGUUCUCUCUAUGCCCCAAUGUAAGGAGCUUGGAUGUGUCGCAGAAUCUGUUCUCGAAUUGGCGGGAAGUGAUCACGUUGAGCGCUCAGCUGCCGGAUUUGAGGGAGUUUGAUGUUAGUAAAAACCGCAUGGCCAUCGACAUGCCGACAGAAACGAUGAUCCAACUAUCGAAAAACUUUGCAAACCUUGAAAAACUGAACAUCUCUGUAUGCGAUUACGAAUGGUCCGACCUCCUUGCGCUAUCCCACCUCUGGCCGAAUAUAAACGAAAUCAUAGCCGCAUACAAUAGAAUUAAAAAAAUAACACCGCCACAUGACACUUUGAGCACAUUGACAGUUCUGCGGUUAGAUGGCAACCCCAUAGAUUGUUGGCGGGAAAUUUUGAAUCUGGGCUGUCUGUCAAAUUUGACAGUUCUAAGUUUGAACGAUUGCUUCAUUGAGGAUAUUCGGUUUAACGACGACCCGGGAAACGCGAAGGUGGAUGUUUUUGAAAAUUUGGAAGUGCUGUUUUUGAACAGGAAUAGGAUUCGUGAUUGGCGGUCAGUAAGUGAAUUGGACAAACUAAAGAAUCUCAAAAAGCUAUAUUUCUUAAAGAACCCAGUGCAAAAUACUGAAGAUUACGACUCUGCAUCACAACUGAUUAUUGCGAAAAUUGGAAACUUACAGGAAUUAAACGGAUCAACAAUAACGCGGGAAUUACGUAGAGGAGCGGAAUAUGAUUAUAUGAAACGGUACGGCGCAGAAUGGAAAUUGGCGCAAAAUGACGUUAACAUGAAGAAAGCAUUCGAUUUGGAACACUGUAGAUUCCAGGAGUUAAUUGAUAAAUACGGCAUCCCAGAUGACAGUCUUCUCGUGAAACAGCAAAAAACAGUAACACUCACAUCCCAACUAUUAGAAAUAACACUACAAGAUGAAAACGGAAAAAUCAUCAAGAAAAAAUUUCCCUCAACUAUGGCAGUUCAGAAACUGGUAACACUAGCGCAAAGGCUAUUCGCAAAAGGUUUUACGGGAUCACCUAAAUUAUAUAUAAUGGACGACCAAAUGCAAGGCGCGGAAAUACAACUCGACAAUGUCAUGAAAGAUUUAGCAUUCUUCUCAAUCAAAAAUGGCGACAAAAUUAUUGUCAGAUUCAGAUAAUGUGCAAAUUUGAAUUAUGGUACUAGCAAGUAGCAACACUCAAUAUGGCUGCAUCGUUAUUAUUGGCGCGUAAUUAAAAUAUUAUUUCAAACUUAGCUUUGUAAAUAACCAGAAAUUGUACCUGUAUUUAUUAUUUUAUUUUGAAAAUAAAUGUCCUAUGUAUUUUUAAA